UUUUUUAUUAAAAUAAUGUUGCACUUUUACUUGGAUAAAAAAUUAUCUUACAAAUUCAUCCGAAAAAUCAAGAUCCCUCACUACUCCUGCCCUUUUUCUGAUCGACCGAUUAUGGCGAACUCAUUGAGAUUGUACCUAACAUGCAUUCGGAACACUCUAGACGCUGCCCUGUGCUUGCAGAAUUUUCCCUGUCAAGAAGUGGAAAGGCACAAUAAGCCAGAAGUUGAACUCAAGACCAGUCCAGAGCUUCUACUGAAUCCAAUUCUGAUAUGUAGAAAUGAAGCUGAGAAAUGUUUGAUAGAAACAUCUAUAAAUUCCUUACGCAUUAGCCUUAAGGUUAAGCAGGCAGAUGAACUUGAGAAUAUACUGACAAAGAAGUUUCUUAGAUUUUUGUCCAUGAGAGCAGAAGCAUUUCAAGUUUUAAGAAGAAAACCGGUGCAGGGGUAUGACAUCAGUUUUCUCAUCACCAAUUAUCACUGCGAGGACAUGCAGAAGCAGAAACUGAUAGAAUUUAUAGUUCAGUUCAUGGAGGACAUCGAUAAAGAGAUUAGUGAGCUGAAAUUGUCUGUGAAUACACGAGGGAGACUCGUUGCUACAGAGUUCCUGAAGCAAUUCAUCUGAUCACUUCCCCAUGAGUUGAAAUCUCACAUUGUAGCGUAUGAAAAGUUGUGGCACAUUCUGGGAAAUGCAGAGCUCCGAAGGCUUUAGCAACGUUGAAUGGUGGGUUGUUAUUACUUGCGUAAAUUCAAGAAAAAUCUCGAUGCGUAUCCUAAAGCGUUCAACUGAGGCUAUACCAUUAAUAACAGUAACUUGGAUAUAUCUGGUUGAGUUUGUAAUUGAGAUGAAAUAUACAUGUUCUGUCGUAGCAAUAUUUUGAUAGUACUUCAUACAACAGUGGACAAACUGUUUCAUUCACUAGACACAUUUUUUUUUUAAUUUGUGUUAUAUUUUGGAAGAUAAUCCAGACGAAUGCAUUCAAUUAUAGUUGGCUUUUGAGCAA